UAUGGUGCCGUCUGGUUUGCUUAAUAUAAGGAAUUUGAAAUAAUUUAUAAGUUUAUUAUAAGUAUAUUUUAUCCAAUUACAUUUUUGAUACUUAAGUAUAUUUAAAACCAAAUACUUUUAGACUAUCGCUCUAGUAUUUUACUGGGUGACUAACUUGAGUAAAAGAAAAUAUACCUUAAUAGAAAAUGACUCAGUCAUGUAUGACAAUUGGGUACUUUUUCCACCACUGCACUGGUUCUGUGUAUAAGCCAUUUAGCAAUAACUUUUACCCAAAGCGACUUAGCUACGAUUAUGCUUGCUUCGUCCCGCAAAGUAUCGUUCCUAGAGAUACUGAAUAUGCCGCUGUUAAGUGGAAACGUUAUUUUCGUUUUGAGUUGGUUGAUCAAGGACGCAAGACAACGUACGGAAGCUUCUCCAACGAGUCGUCUGUAUAAACAAUGGUUCGAUGCGGGACGAAGCAAUGGCCAUGCAGAGUUUAAAUGAAGAUGAUCCACAUGAUCCUCAAAGUUUGGAAGGUCAAGUCCAGGAAAUGAAGAAUGAUAUCCUGGGUUUAAACUAUCCAGAAGAUAGUGAAGUGAAGGAUCCCCUGCCUCAGAUCGAGCUGAAGGCUGUGACAAGGAGAAAAGUUAAGACCAAGAGGAGGACCAGUGCCAACAGGUCCACAGUUGAACAGAGCACUGAUACUGAUGCAGUUGAGAAAGAUUUUGUUGAUAAUCAGAAUGAUGAAGAUGAGGUGAAGAAGGAUCCCCUGCCUCAGAUGGAGCAGGAUGCCGUAAAGAGAAAUAAAGUCAAGACCAAGAGGACCAAGAGAAACAAAGCGGAGCAGAUCACUGAUACAGAUGCAGGUCCCUCUACAUCUGUGGAAUUCUCUGGGAUGGCAGUUCAGGGGACAUCUCACCAGGGACAAUCUAAUGAAAAGAUCCUAAGUGAAUGUGUCUCCAGGGCCUGUCAGACCAGGGCUCUUGACCUCCCGCCAAUCAAUCCUGAUGCCUUCAACCCGAUUAUCAUCCGGUUUCUAGAAAAACUUACUGAGGAGUAUGUCCAAACUUCUAUUGUAGUAUUUGAAUGCAAUGUCAUCUGGAGGAUUUUAUAAAUUGUAUGUGUGUUGGUGUGCUUUUUGGGACU